AUGACUAAUAUGCUAAACCCAUCUUUUCACGUAUAUUACUCGAAACAACUUAACCAACUUCCACGAUCCAUCAAAAUAGAUAUAUGGCGUCGCCUUACAUCUCGAAAAUACCCAUUAUCGCUAGAACAGGCAAGUAGUAUACACCCCGAAGUGGAUGAUAUGUUAAAUCAAGCAGUCGGAAAAUAUAUUAAGAAAAAGGAGCAUCAGAAGAUGAAGCCUAUUACUAGCAACUGUGAAACUUCACUAAGGCAAGAAAAUGAGGAGUUGUGUAUAUCAAAGCAGGUAUUGGAAAAAAAGAUUGAAGAGCUUCUCGAUUUACAAGAACAGUAUAAGUCUCGUGAGGUAGCUAUGACCAAGUCUUUAGAGGAGAGUGGUGAGAAAGUCGCCCAAUUAUCAAAUUCAGUAGCUUAUUUCAAGAGUAUAAUCCCUGAUACGAAAAAAGCUCUUGCAUCAGCUGAAAAGUCCAUUGACCUGUUAGAGAAUAAAUGCCGGCACCUGGAGAAUAUUAUUACUGCUAAAGAUAGAAAAAUUAUCGCUCUUGUCGAUCAGAUUCUGAAGCAUAGUGAUGCGACUAUAGAACCAAAAACUUAUUCUAGCAAUAGUGAAAGGAAAUUAUGGGCGAAAAGGCGUAUCGAAUCUGAAUAUGAUCUAGAAGUUCAGAAAAAAUAUACAUUUCGGGAUUUGGCAGGUAAAUGA